AUGGCGGCGGCGAUGGCGAGGCGUGCCGCUGGCCUUCUCCCUCUCCUAGUCUCCUCGCGGUCCGGUGCUCGCAUAGCCCUCCACCGGGCGGUAUCCCAGAUCCCUCCGCCUCGCUCCUGUCGCCUACUCUCGCAGCAAGCCAAGCCCUCCCCCUCCUCCCCCUUCUCCGCCUCCGCCUCCGCCUCCGCCUCCGCCUCUGCGUCGAAUGGCACGGCUGCAGAGAGAACCCGGGAGCUGCAUCUGUACAACACGAAGUCGCGGAAGAAGGAGCAGUUUCGGCCGCGCGAUCCAGGCGGGGAGGUCAGCAUGUACGUCUGCGGCGUCACUCCCUACGACGACAGUCACAUCGGCCAUGCCCGCGCAUACGUAGCCUUUGAUGUCCUCUACAGGUACUUGCGCUAUUUGGACUAUGAAGUUCGCUAUGUUCGGAACUUCACCGACAUUGAUGACAAGAUAAUUGCAAGAGCAAAUCAGCUGGGGGAAGAUCCUUUUAGCUUAAGCAAAAGGUUCUCUGAUGACUUCCUGUCAGACAUGGCCAAUCUUCAAUGUUUACCACCAUCUGUGGAGCCCCGUGUUUCAGAUCAUAUUGAUGAGAUUAUAAAUAUGAUUAAACAGAUCCUUGAUAAUAGUUGCGCAUAUGUAGUGGGUGGGGAUGUUUAUUUCUCUGUAGAUAAUUUUCCUGAGUACGGAGAAUUAUCUGGUCGAAAACUAGAUGAUAAUAGAGCUGGUGAAAGGGUUGCUGUUGAUGAGAGGAAGAGAAAUCCAGCUGAUUUUGCUCUAUGGAAGGCCGCAAAAGAUGGGGAGCCAUGGUGGGAUAGCCCAUGGGGCCCAGGAAGGCCAGGAUGGCACAUAGAAUGCAGUGCCAUGAGUGCACAUUAUUUGGGUCAUUCUUUUGACAUACAUGGUGGUGGGGAGGAUCUCAUCUUUCCACACCAUGAAAAUGAGAUUGCUCAGAGCCGUGCGGCAUGUUGUGACAGUACCAUAAAUUACUGGAUACACAACGGUUUUGUCAAUGUAAAUAGCCAAAAGAUGUCUAAAUCACUUGGUAAUUUUGUCACCAUACGGAAGGUUAUAGAGAUGUACCAUCCGCUGGCUUUGAGAAUGUUCUUACUUGGCACGCACUACAGGUCCCCAAUUAACUACACAAUAGAACAACUCAAUGUCGCAUCAGACAGAUUGUACUACACAUAUCAGACCUUGCGUGAUUGUGAAGAGAGUUGUCAUCAGCAACGAAGCAACAUUGGAAACUCAUUGCCUCCUAAUACCUCAAAUUACAUCCAAAAACUUCAUGAUGAAUUUGAGACCUCAAUGUCAGAUGAUCUUCACACUUCAGUGGCAUUGGCUGCUAUUUCUGAGCCAUUGAAAGUUAUGAAUGAUCUGUUGCACACUCGUAAGGGAAAGAAGCAGGACAAAAGGUUGGAAUUGCUUUCUGCCUUAGAAGAGAAAAUAAGAGUAGUGCUUUCUGUUCUAGGAUUGCUACCUUCAAGUUAUCAUGAGGCUUUGCAACAGCUGCGGGAUAAAGCACUUAGGCGAGCUUCCAUCACUGAGGAGCUUGUGGUGCAGAAGAUUGAAGAGAGGACUGCAGCAAGGAAGGCGAAGCAGUAUGAAAAAUCCGACGAGAUCCGGAAAGAAUUGGCCGCCGUUGGAAUUGCCCUCAUGGAUGGCCCCGACGGAACAACUUGGAGACCAUCUUUGCCUCUUUCAGAGGAAGCAGUGGUUGCGAAAACAUGA